CCAUCACACACACACACACACACACACACACACACUUAUACACACACAUACUCACACACAGUUGGUGACAGAGGCUGCUUACAGAAACACACACACACACACACACAUCAGUCUGCUUUAUAUUUAUCAUUGUCAUCAUCGGCCGUCUGUCCACCGUCCAUCAUGCACAGCAAAGAACAAAUCAGUCAUGACGAAUACCAGAAGACAGCUGAUUGGCUGAUGUCUCAAACGAAGCACCGCCCCCAGGUGGCGAUAAUCUGCGGGUCCGGACUGGGCAUGCUCGCUGACACCCUCAAGUGUCAAGACUCCUUCGCUUAUUCUGACAUACCGGGCUUCCCACAGAGCACAGUGCAGGGUCAUGCAGGUCGGCUGGUUUUCGGGGAGCUGAAGGGGAAGACGUGUGUGUGCAUGCAGGGUCGCUUCCACAUGUAUGAAGGACACUCACUCUGCAAGACAACGUUUCCAGUCCGAGUCUUCAAGCUGUUGGGGGUGGAGACUCUGAUUGUGACAAAUGCUGCUGGCUCAUUGGCCGACGGCCUCCAGCCCGGUGACAUCAUGAUCAUCAAAGACCACGUCAACUUCCCAGGACUGGUCGGUCUGAACCCGCUUUGUGGACCCAACGACGACAAGUUCGGGCCUCGUUUCCCCGCCAUGUCAGGUUGCUAUGACAAAGGCCUGCGUUCCAUAGCGAUGGAGAUCACCAAGCAGCUGGGCGUGGCCAACCUCGUGCAGGAGGGCGUGUACGCAAUGGUGGGUGGGCCAAACUUUGAAAGCAUCGCUGAGGCCAGACUGUUGCAUCGACUCGGGGUGGACGCUGUCGGUAUGAGUACGGCUCCUGAGGUCGUCGUGGCAACUCACUGCGGUCUGAGAGUCUUUGGCCUCUCUCUGAUCACCAACAAGGUGGUGAAGAGUUAUGAGGACUCAGAAAGCGUGAACCAUGAAGGCGUCCUGGAGGUCGGCCGCCUGCGCUCUCACACUGUGCAGCAGCUGGUGACUGAACUGAUCAGCAGGAUGGAGAUCAAUAACAACAACACUAAUAAUGCUGUUUGAACACACACACACACACACACACACACACACACACACACACACACACUGUGUACAUAUCUGAUUGUUGUAUUUACAACAUUUUUAAGAGCUUUCUCCUAUUUUCUAUCAUCCUUCAUGUUUUUUUUUUACCUUUGUUGUAGCAAAAACUUUAUUUAUAUCAACAUGGUGCCUAAUAAAUCUCUAUCAUGGUACAUUUGAAUGUAAGUAUUCAUUUAUAAUAUUUUAUGUUAAUCCUACAGAUUAAUAUAAUGAUGACCACUGUGGUUGAUGGUGCUUUAAUAUAUGAGACUUAAAGAUAUGAGACAAAGAUUCUUCUCUUGUACAUUGUUCCUGUUGAAUUAUGGGAUUUUAUUUUGUAAAAAAAAAAAAUCACUGACCUGCUGAUCCGCAUUAAUCUGAUUAAAACAUGCUCACAAACCUCUUA